CCCCGCCCCCGCCAUGGCCGCCGCCGGGGCCGCUGAGAGGCUGCUGAGGGGCCGUCGCCGGGGCCGCUGAGGGGCCGCCGAGGAGCCGCCGCCGGGGCCGCUGAGGGGCCGCCGAGCCGCCGCCGGCCUCCGGUCUCCGCCGCGGCUCCCCGGCCGCGCCGCGCGGGCGGGCCCCGUGCGUGCGGGCUAUGGCGCGUGCCGGCGCGGUGCGCGCCCCCUCCUGCGCGCUGCUGCUGGCCGCCGCGCUGGCCGUGUGCGCCUUCUACUACCUCGGCUCGGGCCGGGAGACCUUCUCCAGCGCCACCAAGCGGCUGAGGGAGGCCCGCGCCGGCGCCCCCGCCGCGCCCUCGCCGCCCGCCCCGGAGCUGGCGCGGGGCUCCGCGGCGCCGGCCCCGGGCGCGAAGGCCAAGGGCCUGGAGGGCGGCGCGGCCGGGCCGGUGGACUACCACCUGCUGAUGAUGUUCACCAAGGCGGGCCGCAGCGCCGCGCUGCAGGCCAAGGCCCGCGUGGCGCUGCGCUCGCUGCUGCGCCUCGCCAAGUUCGAGGCCCACGAGGUGCUCACCCUGCACUUCGUGAGCGAGGAGGCCAGCCGCGAGGUGGCCAAGGCCCUGCUGCGGGAGCUGCUGCCGCCCGCCGCCGGCUUCAAGUGCAAGGUGGUCUUCCACGACGUCGGCGUGCUGACGGACAAGCUCUUCCCUGUCGUGGAGGCCAUGCAGAAGCACUUCAGUGCCGGCUCCGGGACCUACUACAGCGACUCCAUCUUCUUCCUCUCGGUGGCCAUGCAUCAGAUCAUGCCCAAAGAGAUCCUGCGGAUAAUUCAGCUGGACCUAGACCUAAAGUACGAGACCAACAUCCGGGAGUUGUUUGAGGAGUUUGACAACUUUCUACCAGGCGCCGUCAUCGGCAUCGCGAGGGAGAUGCAGCCCGUGUACAGGCACACGUUCUGGCAGUUCCGCCGUGAGAACCCCAGGACCCGGGUCGGGGGCCCCCCUCCCGAGGGGCUCCCCGGCUUCAACAGUGGGGUGAUGCUGCUCAACCUGGAGGCCAUGCGCCAGUCCCCGCUGUACGGCCGCCUGCUCGAGCCGGCACGGGUGCAGCAGCUGGCCGACAAGUACCGCUUCCGGGGGCACCUCGGGGACCAGGACUUCUUCACCAUGAUCGGCAUGGAGCACCCCGAGCUCUUCCACGUGCUGGACUGCACCUGGAACCGGCAGCUGUGCACCUGGUGGAGGGACCACGGCUACAGCGACGUCUUCGAUGCCUACUUCCGGUGUGAGGGCCACGUCAAGAUCUACCACGGGAACUGCAACACCCCUAUCCCAGAGGCCUAGGCACCUCCUCGCCCGCCGUGCCCUCAGGCUGGGACAGGCCCGGGGCUGGGUCUGAACGCCCAGAGAGACACUGCAGGGACGUGCCUGUGAGCGGGUGUUGCAGCUCUCCCACCGCAGGUCGCUGUCCCGAGGCCGCCCCGUGAGGGCUGGCCUGCGCCCUGCUGGUGCUCGGGAGAGGGACAAGCACCUAGACCGGCCCUGCUGGGCUGGGAAGCAAGCGCUCGAAGGGGAAGGAAACAAAGUGGUGCCGCUCGCCUUCCGCCCCCAAGGAAUGGAAACCCUUUUAAGAACUGGGCCUUCCUAGACCAAAUAUAAACGUACUUUAAGUUGACAAGGGAGACAGGACAGACACGACUGCUGUAGCUCCCGGGGAGCUCUAAAUGCGCGAGCCAGGGUCUUACCAACCAGCCCAGAGUUCAAGCAUCCAGAUGAACGCUCGCCUCCCGCGCACGCACCCGCGGAGACUGUGGUCGUUCUGGUGAUGCGCGUGGCGCCUGGUGCAGGUGUGACGAUCACCGCCUCUUUGGGGAGGGCCUUCGGCACCACCUGUAGACCACAUAAGAAGACUGGUCUUCAUUACUGUAGCCUUCACAGCAUUUCUCCCCCAACUGCGUCACGGAACCUCAUUGUCCCUCAUUCAUCUGAGCCAGCUCCAGGUGACCAGACUCUGCCCAGAAAUCACAUCUGCCAUCAAAGAACAGAGAAGAGAUUGGCCACCGCCAAGGACAGGCGAUGGAAUUGUCUGGAUUGGGAAGACACAUUCCGAAGGGGAGCCCGGCAGUGCCCGAGUGUAACCACACAGCGUGGAAGGGGUGUCGCUCCUAAACUCAUAAGCAUUCUCAUCUCUUUACGUGGAAGAAUUAUCCUUGUGACUUUCGUGCACCAGGUCAGGCCCUAUACCUUAGAAGAAAUUAGGCUGUCAUUACUUAAUUUCUGCUUUUAAUGAGUUUUCCUAUAAGUGAGCUGCAAACACGUAAGCCCCUAGUGGUCCAUUUUGUAUAAUCCACCUGAGGUCCUUGGGGAAGAAAUGUUGUUGGAUUUUCAUCUUAUUUCAGCUUCAUUUAUUUUUUUCCACCAUGCGUGAGACUAGCUAAUAAAUAUGCUUUGAGAACACA